UCACACAUGCCCCAUGAUGGCGGGUACUGUCUUUCUUUCAAAAUGUUUGGAAGUUUCUGACUUAGAAUCAUUAUCUGAUGACAUUAAGGGAAAAAUUGAGAGUGCGUUCGGGAACAAAGAAGCUGAAGUAGACGAAUUUAAGGCCAAAUAUGAACGUCUCCGUAUAAACUCGGAGCAACAGUAUUUUGAAUUGGAGAAGAAAUUGAUCAACAGCAACAGUCAACUUGAGACUGAGACUCAGGGAAGGAGUGAUCUACAGACACGCCUCACUGAUAUAGAAACCAAGUAUGAUGAGGCAAGUUCCAAACUCAGAACUCUUGAAACCUCAAAACAGUCCAGUGAGUCCACACAGGCCCACCUGGAGAAUGUACAGAAGCAGAUGGAGGCGGAGAAGCGGGAGCUGAACCUGGUGCUGGAGAAACGAAGCAAGGAGAUCACCAGACUAAACGAUGAGUUGAAGGUUUUCACAGACAAGGUUGCAGCUUUAAGCCAGGAGAAGUGUGAGAUCCAGGCCAAGCUUGGAGGGCUUCAGUCACAGGAAGUGUCAAGAGAGUACCAUGAGAAGCGACUGGUUCAAGAGAAGGAGCACAUGCAAAAGCAGGUCGACUGGUUGAAUGAGGAGCUGAAGACCAAGACAAAUGACUUGAUCAAUGUCAAGAAGGAGAGGGCUAGCAAGCUACUGGAUGUGCAGUCCAAGCUGGACGAGAAGGUGGAGGAGCUGAAUCACAUGCAGCUGUCCUUUGAUUCACUGAAGCAGUCCAAGGAGGAACAGGCUGAGAGAAUUGAGGGCCUCAUCCAGAAACUCAAAGAUACUCGUGACUCUCAAACACAAUCAGAUGAACAGUUCCGACAGGAGAUUGCUGCAGGGAAGCUGGUGCAGUUGUACAAGUCUUCGUCGGAAGAGGGGGACAUGAAGGUGACAGAGUUGACACGGGCGGUGGAGGAGCUACAGAAGCUCCUCAAGGAAGCCUCUGAUGCCCAUUCCAAGCUGGAGGGAGAGCAGAAUCAGAUUGCAGAUGGCUUCAGGGAUCAGUUGAAAGCUAAAGAUGUGAAGAUUGGGAAACUGGAGCAAGAGCUGAAGAAUGCCAAUGAGCUGCUUGUCGCUGUGAAAGCCAAGGGUGCUGCCAAACUGAGCGAUGAGGCCAUCGAAGCCCUGUCACCAUCCGCAGCAGCAACGUCCAAAAUACUCAAGUCAGGCAUGACACUCACACAGAUUUACAAUGAGUAUGUGGUAUCAUCUGAGAAUCUGGAACUAGAGCGAGAAGAAAACAAACGUCUCAACCAGUACCUGGACCAGAUCCUACAGGAGAUUGAAGAGCGGGCGCCACGCAUGAAGAAACAGCGUGAAGACUAUGAGAUGUCACUUCAGACCAUUAGUCAGCUGACGUCACAGCUCGACACGGCCAUGUUGGAAUCUGAGAAGUUGCAGCGUGAUGGUGGCGUGAGUAUCGGCGGAAGUUGGGUCACUUCAGAGAGAGGCACAGAAGUAUCAACAACAGACUGUGGAUCUGGGGCACCAGGUGCGGUACUUGGUGAAGGAGGUGGAGGAGCUGAAGGGAGGAAGAGUUGUACGUGAAGAAGAGGUGUCAUCAGGGGAGGUGUCCAGUUCAUCCUCUCUCAUCUCAGGAAAACUGGUCACAUUUCGGAGCAUUGAGGAGCUACAGGAUCAGAACCAAGCGCCUCCUGAAGUGGUGAGGGAACUCAGUGACAAGCCCGGAGGAGGAGGAGAAGCUGGCUACUGAUACCAAGACUCAGGAGCUUCGUGAGCAGCUGGAAAUGA